GGGGAGAAAGAUAAGUGAUUACAACUGGAGAUUUACAUGUGCAGGUUUUAGAAAUGCUGCUUUGAGUUUCAUCUGCUUAUAAGAAACAUUUAGCUGAAUCUCACUAAAGGUUUUUCAGCAAAUUAAGUAAAAUCUCUACCACUGUGAUAAAGUUGUCUGUACUGAGUUUUUCCAGACAAUGUUUCUUUUAAUUGGAUAUUCGCUUAAGAUGGAAAUCUAGUCCCUUCACAUUUUUCCUUCAAAUUUCCUAUAUUUUUCCAGAAGCUUUCUGGGCAUUUGAGUACAAAACAUUUGGUAAAGUUCUGAUCUGCAAGUUUGACAAAUCAAAGACAACAGAAUUCAAGACAGUUUAUAACAUGGUCAUGUGUAUUUUUAACUUCACUGUCUUUUGGAUCAAUUCAGAUCAGCUAUAUUUAUAAAUCCACUUUCACUUUAUAAAUCAGGACUGAUUAUCCCACAUCUAGCAGAUUCUCUGAAACAUGGUUUGUGAUCUCCGAUACAUUUAUUUUGUUUCUAAAGAAAUCUUUCUUUUGGCAUCUAGUAUGUAGUAGGUAACUAGAAAAUAUCUGAAAAAAUGUAAAUGUGGUCUGCCAAAAGUGUGCGCAUCAAACCAGGGGUUCAGAUGGUAAAAAUUAGCAACAAUGCUAAGGUUAGCUAAAAUGUAGUAAAUAUCAUAUGAGGUAUCAAUAGCAUGUUGACCAACACGGACUUACUCAAUUCAGUAUGCUAAACAUAACUAAUACAGUGAACCCUUGUUUUUCGCGGGGGUUGCGUUCCAAAAAGAACCAGUGAAAGGAGAAAUCCGUGAAAUAGUUACCUUUAUUAUACAGCAUAAUUAAAUACUCUACAUUGAAACCAAAGAACAAAGCCUGUUUUCAGGCCUAAGCAUCUAUUUUUGUUUUAACAAAUAUAACGCUUUCUUACAAAUAACUACAGUAGAAUAAUAAUUUUAAUUAUCAAUACGAAGUACAGUAGGACAAAUUGUGACUCGCGUAUUUCACUGUUCCUCUGACUGUGACGCUGCGGCCGGACUCCGCUCUCUAUUGGCUUUUUCUUCUGAAGCCUUUGGUGCAGGUGAGUUUUUUCGAGAGAAGAACAUAGAUAUCGGUAGUUGAUGUCGCUCUUUUUUUUCCUCUGGGCAAAAACAUUUACCAAGCUGUAUUACGUAUAUUUAAAUACCGUAACGUUAUUGGCACACAGGUAGAGAAGAAGCGGAGACUGUUUAGCCAAUCAGGACGCAGAACACAAUGCACUGUGGGGAAAAAACUACACAAAAAAACUGCGAGGCCGUGAAAGGUGAACCGCGUUGUAGCGAGGGUUCACUGUAUAGGAAAAACGAGCUAAAAUGCUUAUUUAGACUGUAGGUCUAACGUUAGCUUGAGGGCUAUCACUACCAUUUAGAGCGAGUAGCAUGUUGGUGCUACCAGCAGAAUGUGGGUUCUCACCAGCAUGCUGACCAACAAUGACAUACUGCAUGUAGGUGCCCCUGGUUGAUGAAGGUAAUCUCUCCCGCUGUGCCUCUCUACAAUGGCCUGGUCUUCCUCUUCGUCUUGGCCAACUUCAGCAUGGCAACCUUCAUGGACCCUGGUAUUUACCCCCGAGCUGACGAGGAUGAGGACAAGGACGACGAUUUCCGGGCGCCGCUUUACAAAAACGUGGAGAUCAAAGGCAUUCAGGUCCGGAUGAAGUGGUGCGCCACCUGCCACUUCUACAGGCCGCCCCGCUGCUCACACUGCAGCGUCUGCGACAACUGUGUGGAGGAUUUCGACCAUCACUGUCCCUGGGUGAACAACUGCAUCGGCCGGAGGAACUACCGUUACUUCUUCCUCUUCUUGCUGUCGUUGACCGUUCACAUGGUGGGAGUUUUCUCCUUCGGCCUCAUAUUUGUUCUCCACCACAGAGAAAAGCUGGGAGGACUUCACACCACCGUCACCAUGGUGGUGAUGUGCAUAGCGGGGCUGUUCUUCAUCCCGGUUAUGGGCCUCACGGGCUUCCACAUGGUGCUCGUAGCUCGGGGUCGAACGACUAAUGAACAGGUGACGGGCAAGUUUCGUGGGGGAGUAAAUCCAUUCACCAAGGGUUGCUGUGGCAACGUGGAGUACGUCUUAUGCAGUCCGCUGGUGCCCAGGUACGUGUUGGACCCCAGGAAGAGGCCCCAUGUCAAAAUCCAGCCCCCGUUCAUACGACCGGACCUCUCUGACCGACAGAUCACCAUCAAGGUCAGCGACAACGGCAUGCACAGCACGAUAAUGAACUCCAAGUCCAAAAGCAGCAUCGACGGCCUGGACGGCAACGAAACCCAGCCGCCGCUGCCCCCCAAAGCUGACAGGUACAACCAGCUGAAGGGCCAGCUGACGUCCAGCGAAGAAAGCUCUCUUUCUGGAAAAACCCACCCUUCCACUCCAGCUAUGUACAGAUUCAAGCCAUCCUUUGGCACGAUGCCGAAAGUCCACUACCCCACUGCCGGAGAGAAGAUUGUUAUGCCAGAUGGUCGAAAAAAUUCAGCCAUCUUGGAAGAAGGUGUACGAUCUGACUAUCGAUCUGAGCCAAACCUCGAUCUGCCCGAGUAUGCCAACGCUCCGCUCCACCGCACCUUCCAGUCCUCACCUCACCAGCUGGAUGCUGAUCCCACCAACUCCCGCACGCUCAGCCUGAAGCAAGGUCACCGCCGGCCAGAGAAGGGCCAGUUGCAGGCGCUGCCGCCCCAGACGGUCGCUUCCACUGCGUACAAGGGUGUUUUCUCUCCGAACACUCUCUCCAACCGUAAUGGCAGUCUGUCCUAUGACAGCCUGCUCAACCCCAGCAUCUCUCCAGCCAGUGCCAAUGAGUGCAUGGCCCACCCGGGUAUGCCAUCCCUGGGAUUCCAUUCACCCUACCUGCCCACCAAAAUGUGCCACAUCCGGGAAUCUGAGAUCCAUAGGCAACAGGUUGCUCAAACUUACAGUCCGGUGAUGCCUCCCAGAGGGUUGGGCAGACAAUCCCCUCACCUAAGGGACAGAGAGCCAUCUCCGGUGCGCUAUGAUAACCUCUCCCAAACCAUAAUGGCCUCCAUCCAGGAGAGGAAGGAGAAGGAGGAGAGGGAGAAGCGGCAGAUGCUGCAUGGACGCUCCCAGACCCACAUCUACGCCCAGGACUCUGGUGUGUUUGACGCAGGUUAUGGCCCACCCGCCAACGCCGGCUUCCUAGAUGGACCUUGUGGGCACGGGUCUAGAGGCCCUACACCGCCAGUGUACGGUGGCUCCAGGGACAAUCUGAUGGGGGUAGGGCUGACUAACUAUGGCCAAAGAACCCCCAUAUUGCGCCACGCUGGUACCACUCUUGGCCGGGCCCCCAGGACUUCAUCCACCUCCUUACACACAGACCACAGCAGCUCUAACAGCAGUCAGGGCAGGGCCCCCAGCCACGAAGGCUCCUACCGCUCCCCCACCCACAAGCCCCGGUCCCCAGCCAUGCCCCGAUCCCCCUCCUACUCCCACCAGAAACUUUCCUACAUCAGCGCUCACGACAGGACAGACUCCCCUCGGUUAGGGGGCCAGAGAGAGGCCAUGAAAGUUAACGGGCAGAUGGACUGCCACCUGAGCCCCAGUCGCCACGGUAACGUCAAAAAGGUAACAGGCGUCGGAGGCACCACAUACGAAAUAUCUGUGUGAGCGAGGAAGGCGCCCUCAGCUUUUUCACAACAACAUCGCCGUGCAGGGGAGAAAUUGUCUUUUGUCCAAUCGGGGCUGGUUAGUACCUGGUGAUAUGAUUUAACUGUCCAAUCAAAAGAACUCAUUGUGUGAGGCUGUCAAAGCAAUACUGUAUGAAUCUGUGCUGACGGAGAAGAGUGGUAGAAAAAAAAAAAAAAACACCUCAAGAAGUCACGUGUGUGUGAGCGUGAAGGCUUUUGUCGUCAAUAAUUCUGACUCGCCGUCUUGGUCGGUGGAACAGGAAGUCCGGCAACUUGUCGUGCGGCGGCCGCUCCGGACAUCCGAACCUCGGCGAGAAGACUGCUCCUCGGGUCCGGGGCGUGGCAAGAAUUCAUGGUGCUUCACUUUUUCUCCUCCCGUACCGUUCACAUUGUCUCCGGGGGUGUUGUGAUGGACUUCUUAAAAGGCUUUGAGAGUCAGCAAGGAAGUUUAGGAAGCGUAACAGGAGUGGAAAGAGAAGGUGAACGUUUUUCCCAUCUCGUCUGAUGGUUGCAUUCCAAAUUCAGUUGCUAUUGAUUGAACAAAAGGAAAAGAUAACCUUGUGUUAAAAAUAUUUUUUCUCAGGAAUUAAUGCAACCAGCAGACAUGCUAGUUGACAUGAAUUCAUAUAUUAUGAAUGUGGGGUUUUUUUCUUGACGUUUGUUGCAGAUUAUUUAGAGCUUUCUUUCCCUCUUACCUUCACAAAAGGGCAGUGUGGAGCUGUAUGACCUUGUUUUUCAGAGACUACCCUACAACACAAGAGCUGGGCUGAUAUGUUUGCAUUUUGAAAUACUAGAAUACCUCAUCACAACCUCAUCACGGACUCCAGAUAAGUUCAGACUUGCACAGCCGCAGAAAAACUCAUGUUUCAUCAAAUAAAGGAAAAAAUAUAUACACGUGAUUUCAAAAUGAAAGUCAAAUAUAAGGUGUCUUUUUGAUACAAUUUUAUUUUAUUUUAUUUUUUUUUCCUUUAACUUGCCCAAUCGCUUAUAAACUGUGUUUGAUACAUAUUUUUAUACCUAUAUUUGGUUGGAUUUUAAUGUUUAAAGUGAGGCGCUCCUGGUAGGUAUGCUAAAAAAAAAAAAAAUGAAGAAAUUAUGACAUGAUUUCAUCUUUGCUUGCAGUAGCAUAAUCUAAACCUGAUUUGUUUUUCUGAAAAAUUUAACCUUUAACUUGAGUAUAUUUAUUCAGUUGGGGGUAAAAAAAAAAAAAUCAAAAGAAAUUAAAGUUUUUAAACACGGGGCACAAUCAGCGCUACUCCUACCCAUCGCUUCAAAAGAAAAGUUUUAUUUACAGUGUGCAGGGUGAUAAGGGAGCUGGUAAAAAAUAUUUCCAAAGCUCACUGUGAUGAGAUCUACCGCAAAGAUGGCGUCCUGCUGCCACAAAGUCCCCAUAGCGAGUGUUGGACAGUGAAAACAGGUUGUUUGGAAGGGAUGCCAGUACAAAUGCUUUUCUGUCGUAACAUCACAAAAGAACACAUGGAAUUUGCCGUCUUUCUGGAGGAAUAGCUAGAAAGUGAGAUGAGACUAAGGUUGAGCUUUCCAGCAAUACCUCAGGUGGGUUUGGUGUGUAAUAACGAAUGAAUAUGAGGAAUAGCAACUCAUGCCCACUAAAAUACGGUGCAGGAUCUGUGAUGGUGUGGGGUCUUUUUCUCUUCUGGAAUGCUUUUUGGAACUUAUAUUGGUUGUUUUUUUUCCCUUACAUACCAGAACAUUUUAAAUAAAAUGUGCAAACUUUGUUGUUCUGUAAAAGGCAAAGUACUAAUAGUAGGAGUACCUAUAAAUAUGCUAUGAUUUUCUUUAAUACAUGUUUUUUUUCAUCUGGGUGAAUAUACUCAAAGAAUUACUGUCAAAUUAUGCUACUGUAGCAUAAGAUCAAAAAUAUUUUAAGGUUUAUUUUUUAACACAUCUUUACCAGAGUUGCCAGUAAAUGUGUCCAGGUCUGUAAAUAUAACAUUGCCAUGAAUUCACUAGAUGAAUCAGAUCAUGGAUAAUGGGUAAAUUGAAAUUUUGCUUGUUUUAUGUUGCUGUGCAAGAAUAAGUCUAUGGUAAAUCGUGACUGAUAGAUUUGUGUUUUGGAAAUUAAUGUUAAAGUGACAUGACUAGUGAGCAGUCACAUGGUCCUUAUGGACAAACAUUACAGAUCAAGGAAUGUGCACGUCAUUAAAGCUGCCUUGACUUAUCAAUGCCAAACGUGGCCAUACUUCUCGAACACAGCAAACGGGUGACAUCUGCGCUUAAGUAGAGUGGAAAUGAUCGGACUAUUUGCAGACGCUGUGGUACAGCGUAUCGACGUAUUUCUUUGCUGUUGAGAUGUAAAAUCCUCAAGGCUUUUCCUGAAGGCAGAAAUUAAUACAAGCUACAUGUCAGAUUUGUUUGCGCUACAAGAAAAGCCACCGUUGCCUUUUUUUUUUUUUUUUAGUGAAGUAACCGUUUCCUGCACAGCUAAGUGUGUCUGAAACACUGCUGAGAACAAAGCUUUGAAUUUCUUUGAAAUUCAAAGCAGAAAAACCAGAGGCUGUGGUAAUCAUUUGCCAAGGUUGAACCUUUACUAACAGUUUGACCAACAUGGUUGCUCUAUAAGGUCUCACCCAGCUGCCUUAAACAAAACGUUCUUGUGAGGCUGUGGUCAACAAGGCUAUGUUGGCAAAUGUGAUGGUUGGGUGAACGAAUAAAACGUAACGGUUGUUUUGUUUACUUAACUCCUGUUUGUAAUGACUUUCAAUCCCCUGUCUGACCAUGUCUCCAAAUGCAAACAACCAUCAUUCCACCUUAAGGUGACUGCCGUUACGCCAAUGUUCCUUUCCUAUGAUGGACAUCACUGCAGGUCAGGGCCCCAUUCCUGACGGUCGACAACGACCAACCAUUUUGUUUCAAAGACAUGUAUGUAUAAUAGAGAAUACACAAUAGCUGUAUAUGUGUUCCUAUUUUUGUGAAGAGGAAAUAUUCCCAAUGACCCGAAAGAAUAAAAUGUCCAACUCUGAGCGGAUCUGAUUCAUUCUUGAUAAUCACCUGCAAGAGGAACUGAUGUUUUAUAUGAACUGUGUCCAAAAGAGGGCGCCAGAGCUCAGUGUGCUCAAACCACCACAGGCACACAGACUUCGCGGUGAUUUGACCAAAUUGAGCACUACCGCCCUCUUCUGGGCAGCAUCAUGAUCACAGUACACCUCAACCAGAAUUCGUCAUCACAGGCUGUUGUACACAACUAUUUUAGUAAUCUAUCGAUUAUUCAGACAAUUGAGUAUUUGAAUAAAAAACCUGAUAAAGUAAAAUAUGGUAAAUACUGUCAAAACCUGCAACAGAGGAGCCCUUACUUUGAGACUUCAUCUGGAUCCGCCAGUUGCUUUACCUUAUCUAGCUAAGGUGAGUCGGGUGGAUCCUCAGCUUGCUUGUAGUGAUCGUUUCAGUGUCCAUUAUUGAUCUGCUGGUGUUUCCAGAGGCCAUUUAUUUCUCAGCCAAACAAACCACCGCUGAGAAGCCAUGGUUGGUCGGUGUCUGCUGCUUUGCUUAGACACAAAAAUGGCUUCCAAAACGCCAUCAGGGACAAAAAAAAAGAAAAGAAAAAAAAACUAAACUUAGAAUAAUGUUUGAGAAAACACUUCAACAUUUUAAGUUUUGAAAAUAUAAAUUUUUCUACAAACAAGGCAGUUUAUUGCUUCUGCAGUUGUACAAUAAUUUACAGAAACGGUGAAAAUUCAUUAAUAUAUUCAUGUUAGCACUGAGACAAGUCAAGAGCCCCCCUAAAUAAAAAAACAAAAACAAAACAUGUCCAUUACAUGAGCUACAGCUGUUGCAUUGUGUUAACCAGACAUCAUAAGUUUCUUACCUGGACAGCUGCAAAGUGGUCUGAAGUUUUUCCAUAAGAGUAAAUAUUACUGGGUUUCCUGACGAGCUUCAUGGAGGCGCUUUUGUUUUCCAGCAGGACUUGAAAUUGGCUCACAUUGUUAAAAUGACCAAUAGCAUGCAAGACGAAUCACUAAGAACCGAGUGAACAUGCUGUAAAGUACACAGACAGAAUUUUUAGUAGGGAGACAUUUUAAUACUAGAAAUCCUUUUUUUAUUUUCCUCAUAAUAUUCAAGUUUCCUAAUAGAAAAGUGAGUUUCCAUUAAUUCUAGCCACAAUAAAGCUAUAUAGUUACAAACUUUAAAAUGAAGUAGCGAAAUAAUGUUGCCGAUGACGCUUCCAUUUACCCAGAUGAGGUUUUUCAUACAUGGAUACAAGCGUGUGAUCUUUACCAGCUUUUAUUUGAAGGUGGAGGAAACAUUUCAGAUCAUCUGAGUGCAAACGAAGAGCAACAUUUCAUCCAUAUACAUGUAUUUACAGAUGCACUGGCACUUGGAUGCACUGAAGAGUCAAGGUAGAGAGAACGUGUUCGGUGGAAAGAGAAAGGAGCGGGCGGUGAGAACACAGAACCAAGAUGGGGCGCACUCCGUUACAUACACUUUACAUGCUUUGACGUCUGGGAAUGUUAUGAGCUAAAAACAUACAAACUUAUCUCCUGAUGUGAAACAUGAGUCAGGGGGGGAAAGAAAAAAAAAAACUGCAAAAU